UGAGAUUUCCUCUGGCGGCGGAGUGAUUUUUGGCUGCCUUUUUGCAUUUCAGUGUGAAGUCAAUGCGAAUCUGCAACACGGGAAGAACAUGGCGACUUCACUUCAUGAGGGGCCCGCUAACCAACUCGAUCUGCUCAUCAGAGCAGUGGAGGCGUCCGUCCAUUACCAACAGUCUGGCACCAGCAUCUACUGUUCUGAUAAGACCAUCGAGGCUGCCGAGGCUCUGCUGCACAUGGACUCUGUUACCAGCCUGAGAGGAGACCGCAGCCCAGAUGUGUUCAUCCCGGCAGGGUGUGGGACCACCCCAGACUUCAUCCACGCGGCGAUGCGUCCAGACGUGAUGACCGAGACUGUGGUGGAGGUGUCUACGGAAGACUGUAUGGACGAGGACAUGGAGGUCACCCUCAUAGAGGAACCAGACGAGUCAGAGCCUGACCAACAUCCUGUCAAGAAGAAGAAAGGUUAGUGAUGAGGACACGGA